CGUGCAUUUGUUUGGGCUAGCGUCGUUUUGACCAUUCGCGGUGGCGACAAAGGCUGCCGCAUCACGCAUCAAUCCCAGCCAUCUACCAAAUUCGCCAUCGCAUACACCUGUCAUAAAUUCCGAGGAAGUGCUCCUGGAGUUGACCUGAUCAAUAAUUACCAGAAACUCGAAUAAACACGAAAUUAUACACUCGCUCGACAACAGACACAUACCGCCGCCAAAAUGGGAGGCGGAGACCUCAACUUGAAAAAGAGCUGGCACCCUCAGCUGCUCAGCAACCAGCGCAAAGUUUACGAAUCAGAACAGCGCGCUCUAGAGGAGCGCAAAAAGACACAACAGCGAGUCCAGGAACUCAGGGAGGAGCGCGCCCAGGAGGAGCUACAGAAGAAGAUUGAAGAGGCUGGCGGCAAGAAACGCAUCGACCGAGUCGAUUUUCUUUACAACGGCCCUACGGAUGGCGCGCUUGGUACCACAGAGGAGCUCGAGGGCUUCUUAUUGGGCAAACGCAGCAUCGCGAGCGUAUUGACCAAGGAUGAUGGCAAACAACUACGACAGACGGCGGGCGAAGACAAGUUCGCUACGGCGCUGGGAAAUGCAAAUUCGGCGCGCGACACGGCAACCAAGAUUCGUGAGGAUCCACUACUGGCCAUCAAGCGGAGGGAGCAGGAGGCAUACGAGGCCAUGAUGAACGACCCGAUCAAGAGGAGGCAGCUGUUGGCAUCCAUGGGUAUAGAUGACGGGGUGAAGAAGGAAAGGCGGGAGAAGAGGAGGCAUCGUCACAGAGAUGAAGAUGACCGUGAUCGGAGGCACAAAAGGAGACGGUCGCAUUCACGACACAGGUCUCCGAGCAGGGAAAGGCAUGAUGAUCGUCGUCGACAUCGUUCAGAGGACAGGCCAAGGGAUGAUGAACGGAGGUCCUCGAGGCGAGACGACUCACGAGAGCGUGACAGGCCAAGGGACGACAGACGGUAUCGGUCGACAAGAGAUGAUUCCACUGAGAGGAACCGACCAAGGGACAAAGACAGGCAUCGACAGGGACGAGACGAUUCAAGGGAACGGAGACGGCACAGUGACCGGCGCGAUACGGACCGCACGGGUAGAGAUGAGCGCGAUCGUCCUCGUCACAGCUACAGUGGGGGAAGAAACAACAGACCUGCCGUUGACGACAAGGGUGCUGAGGAAGAAAGAGCACGCAAAUUGGAAGCAAUGCAGUCGGCGGCUACAGAUCUCGACGCUGACCGUCGCAAGAGGCUGGCCGAGAUAGAAGAAAAGGAGCGACUGGAACGAGAGACAGAAGAUCGCGCACGACAACGAGGAGGCGACACAACAUUCAGCAGUGGGCUGAAUCGUAAGGCUGUUGAUCGGAUGGGGCGGAGGGCCUAAGGCCAUCUAAUGUACACUACGGCAUUCGUCCGACCUUUUGGUGUCCGAUAUUCGUACCUAACUUUUUUUUAUCCCGGUUCGCGAUUGAUAGAUGGGUAGAUAUCUCCCCGUUGCCUGAAGUUUGUGUUCUGUUAUCCGCCGUUUCUCAUAGGGUGACCGUCGAAAACUCCUGACACUGGCAUGUAGACUAGACCUAGUGCUACUGGGGCGAGAUGGAGCCUUCAAAGAUUAGGUUGGUAUCUACAGUAUAAAUAAAGUACCUAGAGUUUGUUGCUUCGA